AUCAUCUAUAUUUUCUCUUUCUCUCUGUUCUCCGCAAUAUUCUGUUCUUAAACCUCUCAACCACCGACGACGCCGACGAUGCUGAGGUGUCACUCGAUCGGCGGUUCAAGUUCUUCAAUUUAUUCUCGGUUUCCUCUGCUCCGAUAUUGAAUGCCGUAACACCAAUAUAUUUGGCUGCGUCAAAUCCCUGGCAUUCAAGUUUGGGGUUAAGAGGAGGAACAUAAUUCUUAAGCAACUGGAUUGCUAGCCUUCGAUGAAUCAAAUGCAUCAAUUUCCAUAUACAGUAAAUUAUUUCUGCAAAAAUGGUGUUUGGUAGAAUAGCAGAUAAAUUUUCUGCUGUAACAAGUCAUUUCUCAGCCUCCAAGACUUCUGCUGUUCCAUAUACAUCAGUUGGAUUGUCACCACCUCCAGCAGAAACCAAUGAUCAUGGCUUUGAUUUUGCCAACUCUGUCCACAAAAACAAUUUGCGUCUUUCUUCAUCUCUCCAAGAUUUCUCAUCAUAUCGACGACUUGAUCUUGAAGAAGGUGCUUGUAACAUUGGGAUUGAUAAGAAGCCUUAUUUGUUGCAGAGAGAAAAUGCUGGAUCAAGUUUUUCAAAGGAGAAACCAUUGUCUGGCAGAACCCCAUUUUUAUGGAGAAAGUGGGUGCGAUUGGUCGUGAUUCUUUUCUGCCUGCUACUGCUUGGUUUCCUGACUUAUCUGAUUAUAGCAUAUAUUUUUUCUUAUUGGUCUCAAGGAUAUUCCAAGUUCUAUGUUGUUCUUGAUUGUGGAAGUACUGGAACUCGAGUUUAUGUAUAUCAGGCAUCAAUUGAUCACAACAAAGAUAGAAGUCUCCCCAUUGCUCUUAAAUCACUAACAGAGGGUCUUUCUAGAAAGUCAAGUGGACGUGCCUAUGACCGAAUGGAAACUGAGCCUGGGCUUCAUUUGUUGGUACGUAAUACAUCUGGCUUAAAGGCUGCAAUAAAGCCACUUGUUCGGUGGGCUGAGAAGCAAAUCCCUGAGCAUGCUCAUAAGACUACGUCUCUUUUCCUUUAUGCUACAGCUGGGGUUCGCAGGUUGCCAAGUGCUGAUUCAAAAUGGCUUCUAAACAAAGCAUGGUCCAUACUGAAGGAAUCACCUUUCUCGUGCCAGAGAGCAUGGAUCAAGGUUAUCAGUGGAAUGGAUGAAGCUUACUAUGGCUGGAUAGCCCUUAACUAUCAAACAGGAGUGUUGGGGAACAGUCCAAAGAAAGCAACAUUUGGUGCUCUUGACAUGGGUGGCUCAUCAUUACAAGUGACAUUUGAGAGCAAGGAACAUGGGCAUAAUGAGACUGACUUAAACCUUAGGAUUGGAGCUGCUAAUCAUCACCUCACUGCCUAUUCUCUUGCAGGCUAUGGUUUAAAUGAUGCAUUUGACAAGUCUGUUGUCCAUAUUUUAAGAGCACUUCCAAGUGCAGAUCUGGUAAGUGCGAACAUAGAAAUUAAGCACCCUUGCCUGCAAUCUGGCUAUAAGGAGCAAUACAUCUGUUCUCAGUGUGCUUCUAAUCAACAAAAUAGUCUGAGUCCUGUUGUUGUAGGAAGAAAUUCAGCUAAGGGAGUCAAGUCAGGAGUACCUGUGCAACUUAUUGGUGCUCCAAAUUGGGAAGAAUGUAGUGCACUGGCCAAAGUUUCCAUCAAUUUGUCUGAAUGGUCUAAUCAAAGUCCGGCAAUUGAUUGUGAUUUGCAACCUUGUGCUCUAUCUGAUAUUUUUCCACGCCCUUAUGGUCAGUUCUAUGGAAUGUCUGGCUUUUUUGUGGUUUAUCGGUUUUUUAACCUGACUUCAGAAGCUACACUUGAUGAUGUUUUGGAGAAGGGUCAAGAAUUCUGUGAAAAGACCUGGGAAGUUGCAAGGAACAGUGUUUCCCCACAGCCUUUUAUUGAACAAUACUGCUUUAGGGCACCAUACAUAGUGUUAUUGUUGAGAGAGGGUUUACAUAUCACAGAUGAUCAAAUAAUUAUUGGUUCUGGAAGUAUUACUUGGACUCUGGGGGUUGCUCUAUUUGAAGCUGGGAAAGCAUUUUCACCGAGACUGAGACUUCCUAGUUAUCAAAUACUCCAAAUGAGGAUACAUCCAACAGUUCUUAUUGUCACUUUGAUUAUUUCCUUGAUUUUGCUGGUUUGUGCAAUAUCAUGUCUUGCAAAUUGGAUGCCAAGAAUUUUUCGAAGACCAUUUCUUCUGCUUUUCAGGCAUAACAAUGCAUCCGCUACGUCUGUUCUUAGUAUGCCUUCACCAUUCCGGUUCCAACGAUGGAGUCCUAUUAGUUCUGGGGACGGACGAGCAAAGAUGCCACUUAGUCCAACAAUUGCUGGGAGCCAACAAACAUCAUUUGGGUUGGGGCAUGGUCUAGGCAGUAGUGGCAUCCAGCUUAUGGAGUCAUCUUUAUACCCAUCAACUAGUGGUGUAUCACAUAGUUAUUCCUCAAGUAGCUUAGGGCAGAUGAUUGACAGUAAUAGCAUGGGUUCGUUCUGGUCUCCUCACAGAAGUCAGAUGAGUCUUCAGAGCAGAAGAUCACAAUCUCGAGAAGACCUUAGUUCUUCUUUGGCUGAGGCACACAUGGUGAAGGUUUAAGGAAUAAACUUCCUGAAGUUAUGGUAUGGUAACUUUCUUCUUCCCUACAUUAUGUUUUUUAAGGGAAAAGGAUUUAAACAUCUUCUUGAUGGAAAAAAGAAAAAGAGAGAGAAAUGAGAGAGAGAGAGAGAGAGAGAGAGAGAGAGAGAGGGGAGGGGUUUGGGUGGGUUGGGUGGGGUGGCUGGAUUUGAAAAUCUUUUAGCAAUGGAUUUAUUUAACUAAAGAUUCUAGGCAUUCUUUGUAACAUUCAAUUUGUUGAGAAUAUAGCGCCCUUGCAUGAAAAUUUUCCCAUGACAGUGUCUUCAGGAAAAGAGCCUAAAUUUUUGUCGCAAUAUACAAAGAACAAUCUGCUUCUGGUGACAACAACUAAGAAAGAUUUCCAAAAAUGAGAGUUCAUUUGAGGGCAAAUUUAUCAUCUUUUAAGCUGCAUCAGCAUGCUGACCUGUGUGAUUGAUGGGUAGAUAAGGAAAUUUAUCCUGUCCAAUUUUUAUUUUUUGGUGUCUCAUUCAACUAAGAUGUCAUUAACGAAAUCAAAAUGCAUGUUAUCUUCUGCUCGAUCUUAAUGUGUUCCCGUUACAUAUAUAUGAUAGAUAUUCCCAGUAUUACAGGUUAAUACCAUUGUCGGGCUGGUCUCAUCAUUGAUUUCAACAGAGGUUGCUCAGCAGAGAUUUCAGCACUUGCUAAUUUGGUUGCUUUGCCAAUUUUUUACCCAGUUAAAACAAGCUUGAUUUAUAAAGAUCCCAAGCCAUGUUCCUACCUUCUUCAUUGGUUUAAAAAAAUCAUCUGUGUCCUGCCAUUCUUUAUCAGACAGUAAUUUGAUGCACUUACACCACGAGGUAUUAUUCACAGUUGAUCUGGGUGGCUGGAUGACCAUUGUUACACAAAAGCAUCAGAAGCUUAGAUCCAUCAUUCAUGACUCUUCAUUAAAUACCAGUUUGACUCAAAUUACAUAAUAGAUUUUUUUUUUGUUCGUCUCACUUUGUUGCACUGCAAAUUGUUAGAGAACUGAUUGAAAGUAUGUGUUUCAUGGUAGAUUAUAGUACGAUAUACCCAUCAGUCUAACUUACAUAUGACAGUUUUAAAUGAAAGUAAAUUGCAAGGCCAGCCAGGAUUAUUGUCUUUA